CGCAAUUUGGGUUCAUCCUUCCAACAUCCAAUAUGGCGGUGGCGAAACACCACGUGAUCUUGUUUUCCGGUUUGAUAAAGUUUGAUUUGUUUAAAGGGACAGGACAAUUUAAAAAAAAAUCUGAAAAAAUCAGCACAUGUCAUGGCAGCUGCUGCAGGGGAGCCCGUCAGGGAGUGGAGCAAAGAGCAGCUUCAAAGUGAAGAGUUGUCCAAGAAAGAUGUGAUCACCUUCCUGCAGACGAACGCCUCUGAAGCGUUCCUUGCAGAACAUAAACUACUCGGAAACAUUAAAAAUGUGGCGAAAACGGCAAAGAAAGAUCAACUCAUCACUGCCUACGAAAAGCUCUUUCUGACUAAGCAAUUCAAAGGGAAGGACGUGGUGGCUAAAGUGACUAAAGACGUUAAGGAUCUCAAAGUCAGCGAUGGAAAAUCCACCGAAACGAAGCAAGAAGAAGUUGUGGAUGAUGGUCCCCCAAAAUACACCAAGUCCAUUCUGAAAAAGGGGGAUAAAACCAACUUCCCAAAGAAAGGAGACACCGUCCACUGCUGGUACACCGGGACUCUAGAGGACGGCACCGUAUUCGACUCCAAUAUCUCUACUAGUGCAAAGAAGAAGAAAGGUGCCAAACCCCUGAGCUUUAAAGUUGGCCUUGGCAGAGUGAUAAGAGGGUGGGACGAGGCGCUUCUUACCAUGAGCAAAGGAGAAAAAGCCAAAUUGGAAAUCCAAUCAGAAUGGGCUUACGGCAAGAAAGGGCAACCGGACGCCAAAAUCCCACCUAACGCUAAGCUGAUCUUUGAAGUGGAGUUGGUUGAUAUCGAUUGAAGAGCUACGAGAAUUCUGGCCUCAAACCCGAAUGUGAGAACCUUGUUUACAGCACUAAAAUACAUGUAAAUAAACCUGACAUCUUAA